AUGAACCGUCCUCCACAAGUUUUCACUCCGUGCAAUGACGACGGUAAGCUCUGUGUAACCAUGUGCGGGAUAGGAGAGGACAGUGAAGGAGCCAGUCAUACUCGAUGUUCCACAAGCAGAAGACGAGCAUCGAGCCUUCGUAACGCCACAGAUGUUGACUGUUGGUCAGUCGCAUCACAGUCGCGGGUCGUGUGUAAACAACGACGUAAAGCUCCCGUGAUGGAACCUUAUCCACCUCAAUCAUACGGGGAUUUAAAAAUCUGUUAG